AUGACGGAUGGCGAAGCGGCGUCCGGCGACGCGCCUCUCGACCUCGUGACAGUGCUGGACGUCAGCGGCAGCAUGACCGGGGCAAAGCUCGCGCUCCUGAAGCAGGCCGUGGGGUUCGUCAUCGACAACCUCAGGCCCCAGGACCGCCUCAGCGUUGUGUCCAUCUCCUCCGGGGGGGCGCCGUGUCACCAGGCUCUUGCGGAUGUCGGGCACCGGGAAGGCUACGACCAAGAGGGGCUCCAACAUCGCCGAAGGGCUCCGCACGGCGGCCAAGCCGUGAAAGUAACGGACGGCGAGACUGCUCUGACCAAGGUGAGCUGCAAUUACCGAGACACGGAUGGAGGCGCGCACGUCGACGUGAUGGCGGAGGACACGGUGGUGGCGAGACCGGAACCGGAGCAUGUGGUGGACGCGGAACGCUCAACGGAGGUGGAGCGGGAGCGCGUCCGUGUGGAGGCGACCGAGGACAACGCUGCGGCGAGGGCGGCGGCGGAGCGGGGCGCGCACCAGGAGGCGGUGGAGAUACUCGAGAGCAGGCAACGAGCGGUGGCGCAGUCGGCGGCGGCGCUUGGCGGCGACCCCACGAUCCUGGCGCUGGGGGCGGAGCUGCACGACAUGCCCCGCUUCGUUUCGAACGGGAAGCUACGCGCGUAA